GUGGCUACUACAUCAGUCAUACUACAGCACACGUUUUUGGCAGGAAGGCUACAGUUGUCAGCCCUGUCGUUUCGCCAAGUAGAGAACAGCCAGGAAACAAGUGGUGUUUCAGUUUCUGGUACAAUAUGUAUGGAGACGGCAUGGCGACCCUCAAUGUGUACAAGCUUCCAGUAUAUCACACAAUCAGUGAGGGUGAAAUCAUCCUAACCAGAAGCGGUCAAUAUACGAAUCCAAGGGGUUGGUUCAAAGCCAGGAGUUGUGUGAGAUAUGCUGCAUCGGAAUUUCAAAUUGCUCUUCAGGCAGUCAGUGGUGACGUCGUUCCGUCGUACGUGGCAAUCGAUGACAUUAAUACUGUUAUCCCUCGAAUGUUCCUCUUCGAUGCAACUGGAGACUUUCCUUCAGAUGGUGGAGAGGCAGUCUUUUCGGAUAGAAAUCAUCCAUUUACAUGCACGAUACUAGACGUCAACCGCGAGGUCAAGGAACUUGUGUGGACCUUGGCUGGCCAGCGAGUAAAACAAGUCAGAAACAGAAGCGUCGACACCAUCGACGGAUUCAGCGUUAUCAGUAGUGUCGUUGUGUCACCUAACAGAGACAUCCAUGGAAAGACACUGCAAUGCGAAGCGAUCGACACAGAUGGUGAACUGAUCGACAGUAUGACUAUAUCAAUCGUUGUAAGAGGCUUCAACUGCACCUUCGAGGAAGGGCUCUGUGGUUGGAGAGUAAUCGACAAGGACUGGCCCAACUGGCAGCUGCAGCAGGGGCAAACAGCUGGUGGCAAUGAGCCAUAUGUCGACAGGACGUUUCGCAAGGUUUUCUUCUUCAACGGUUUAUGUUAUAAUCGUGUAACUUUGAACCCUGAUCCAAAAUUGUGCAUAUUACGCUGACGUCAUGAUGAUGAUGAGGUCAUCAGAUAUCUAAUCACAAGCGAUUUGAGUUAAAUAAAAUGAUAAAUGAUGUUCAUAUGCUGCAAUAAGACAACAGAUUAACCAAUUAAUUGAUUAGCAUUUUUGUCGCAAUCGUAAAGUCGCUUGACCCUUACUUCUGGGGAUACCGGAAGAUCAAACUUAGUUGAAUUCAAAAUAUGGACAUGAGCCUCAAAUCAGAACAAACCGAAAUAGCUUCCAAAUGGUCUACGGGAUAGUAAAACCCGGGACGUGAUGAAUCCGGAAGCCAUUGUACCUCUGGCAAAGUUUUGUUCCUUGGAGUGACUCCGUGAUGACAUCGUCAUGUGUCAUGUAACAUCAUCUUAAAAGGGCUUUCUUCAAUAGUCGGUAUCCACAGAACUACAAGACCGAUUAGGUUUUAUUGUUGUUUCAUGUAUGCUACAAAUUAUAAUGUACAAGUACACCCAUUCUGGAAUUUGUAUUCCUGUGGAGACAUUUCUUUGUUCUCGUGUAGUAAAGUUUUC